AUGGCGCGUGGCGCCUUAGCGCCGGCGGCGUCUGAGGUGCUGGCGCAGGCGGACACCGCCCCGGUCGCUACAUGGGCAGCUGGGCCAGGAGGCAGCGCCACGGCACGUGGAGUGUUAGCGCAAGCAGACGCCGCCUCUGUCGCUGCGUGGGCAGCUAGGCCGGGAGGCUGCGCCGCGGCACGUGGGGUGCUGGCACAGGCAGACGCUGCCUCGGUCGCUGCGUGGGCAGCUGGGCCGGGAGGCGGCGCUGCGGCAAAUGGGGUGUUAGCGCAAGCGGACGCCGCCUCUGUUGCUGCGUGGGCAGCUGGGCUGGGAGGCGGCCCCGCGGCACGUGGGGUGUCGGCGCAGGUGGACGCCGCCUCGGUCGCUGCGUGGGCAGCUGGGCUGGGAGGCGGCCCCGCGGCACGUAAGGUGUGGGCGGAGGUGGACGCCGCCUCGGUCGCUGCGUGGGCAGCUAGGCCGGGAGGCGGUGCCGUGGUGCGUGGAGUGUCGGCGCAGGUGGACGUCGCUUCGGUCGCUGCUUGGGCAGCUGGGCUGUUAGACGGCGCCGCGGCGCUUGGAGUGUCGGCGCAGGCGGACGCCGCCUCGGUCGAUGCGUGGGUAGCUGGGCCGGGCGGCGGCGCCGCGGCACUUGGCAUAGGAGGCGGUGCCACGAGCCUGCCCAAGACGUACUCAGCCAGGUGGACCGGAGGCCGACGCUCCCGUCGGGGCCGCUCUCGUGGGCUACCUUCCUCCGGGCUCGUCGGGCCUUGCUGUUCGUAG